AUGGAUGAUGACUGCGCGAAUCCGCUGCUGCUAGAGUGGCUCAAGGAGUGGAUGGAGGAGGCGAGGGAGCGCAACAGCAAGGGCUACACCGUCUACAAGAAGGCAUACCAGUCCAUGAAAGCGUGUCCCACCACGUUCGCCCAUCCCUCCGAAGCUCAACAACUCAACGGCCUUGGACCCAAACUCUGCGAUCGCCUGACGGACAAGUUGAAGAAGUACACCUCCGAGAAUGGCUUGCCCAUGCCUGAGAAGCCGUUCAAGGCCAGCAAAGAGAAACGAUCGGCAGCUUCGCAGGAUCAAGAUGCAGAUACCGUCGUGGCGCCGAAGAAGCGAAAGACCUCUGCCUAUGUCCCAAAACCACGAUCUGGUGCAUUUGCAUUGAUCAUGGCAUUGGCGACAUUAGACCAGGACGACAACAAGGCUUUGAGCAAGAACGAGGUCAUAGAACUGGCACAGCCGCAUUGCGACGCGUCAUUCAGUGUUGGAUCUGAUACAACGAAGCAUUAUACCGCAUGGAGUUCCAUGAAAACACUUGAGACCAAGGAGUUGGUGUGUACCAAAGGUCAUCCCACCAAGCGCUACUACCUCUCUGAUGACGGCUGGGAAACAGCGAACGCGUGCAAGAAGAUUAGUGGAGGUCCCAGUCAAGCUCGUCUUUCACCAGCGUCCAAAAAGAAAGCCGCUGUUACUCAGCCAGUCGAUCGUCAACCGAGCGAUAUAGUGAGGUCGAGAGCUCUUUCUGACGUCGACGGACCGGCAGAUGUACUCGAACUGUCCAGUGAGAACGAAGAGCGGCAUACGCCACAUCGACAACGUCCUCUGCUCAAGGUUCCGCAUACAGAUUCUCUGCUUACUACAGCAGACACCAUAACCUUGUCGCCUGAAUGCUUCGAAGUUCGAAUUGUUCUGGACAGCAGAGAGGUCCGCUCGAAGACCGACCGAGAGUAUAUCGCAGACGAGCUCAGAAAGCAGGGUAUCAAGGCCAUCAUCCGUGCUCUUCCUCUGGGCGAUGUCCUGUGGGUGGCUAAAGUGAAACCAGAACACCUGGAUAGUCUCAGGGCAGCGAACAAGGAUGACAAUGACGAUGGCUCGGACGAGAUCAUGCUCGACUAUAUUGUCGAGCGCAAGCGACUGGACGAUCUGAUCUCGAGCAUCAAGGACGGUCGCUUCCACGAACAAAAGUUUCGACUACGUAAAUCUGGCAUUCAAAAUGUGGCAUAUAUCGUCGAAGCCUUCUCGAUAUCGGCAGAAAGAAGCGAGUUGUACGGCCAAUCGGUCGAGACAGCAAUCACAUCCACGCAGGUCAUCAACGACAUCUUCGUCAAGCAAACAACGAAAUUGGAUGAAACGAUCAAGUAUCUGGCACGGAUGACGAGGACUUUGCAGGAAAUGUACAGAAGUAAGACCGUGUGCGUCGUUCGAUCCGACCGUAUUGAUGCGGGAACGUACUUGAACACAAUGAGUGCACUGCGAAUUGCCAAUCCGAAGAGCACUGUAGGGACAACUUUCUCAGCCUUCCAAGCGCUGUGCGACAAGAGCGAUUCGAUGACACUGCGCGACGUGUACCUCAAAAUGCUCCUGUGCAUCAGAGGAGUCACCGCUGAUAAGGCGAUCGAGAUACAGAAGGUGUGGCCGACGCCGGUGUCUCUGAUCGAGGCAUACGAGAGCUGUGUCACGGCUCGAGAACGCGAAGUUUUGCUCAGUAACAAGUUGGGUAACGCGAUUCCUAGAAAGAAGAUCGCAAAAGCUUUGAGUGCGAAGGUAGCAGAAGUGUGGUACGGCUCGCCAUGA